AUGGACCGCACUGGCAUCGUGCUUCUCGCACUCGCCGCAGUCAUCGUGACCUGUGGCCCGUUGUGUUGCGUGAUUUUCGCGAAAAUACGCCGGCAUCGCAAGUCUCAUCCGGGGCUCCGACAACUCGCCAAUGCGCGCAACCAGCUCACGGCCGUGGGAGGCUGCAGCAACAGCCUGGGCGCCGAGAGGUUGGCGGGAAGCGGGUGGGGGACGCUGGGGGACAGGAGCACCACCACCGCCAGUGGCAUCGGUGUUGGAGUCGGCGUCGGAACAGACGGCGUCCUCGUCGAAUCGAGAACACCCCAGGGAGCCAAUUCUUCUUGCGGUCUUCCCUCCGGCCGCACGGCUUGGUCUCGCAUCGUCUACUUGGCGGUCUGGUCAAGCCGACCGAAUGACCUGCUCGAUUGGGGUGAAUCCCCGAGGCGGCAGAAGACGUGCCAAGCCGCUGGAGAUCAGACAGGUGAUGCAUUCAAUCCCAUUUGCCUCGGGUCGCUCUCAUCCUCUGACACCAAUUUUGAUGUGAGGAGUUCACCCAAUUCGCCGCAUCUAACAAGAUUGCCAACCACGGUCAAGCGGAAGACUGGGUGGCGGGCAACAUCUACAGCACAAUUUUCGGGGGCUGGAAGCAAGUGUGAUGCAGCACCAGAGAUAGUCCAGGAGGACAAAUACUCGGGAAACGCGGAUGAGUCAACUAGCAUUGCAGGCAAGACGCACUUUGUACCUGCGGCUACAGGAUUGGCAACAUCCCUAAGUCCAACACGAUUGGAGACGACCAUGCUGGCAACAGCAUCAGCUGAACACACCGUGCCCUGGUCGCAAGCUGGGUCUGCUGAGGAAAAUCGCCUUGGGCGAAGGCGUGAGGAUGACGAUAUCACUGCCGCGCCUCCUUCGCCUCUCAGUCCGAAACGGGUGACCAGGGGUAAUUGCACCGAGGCCAAGGGCCGCGAUUCACGGCCAGUGUUGAGUGCGAUGCCCGACGAUACUGGGUUGGCCAAGGAGGGCGGUGCGCGACAAGGCCCGCUGCUUCAGCCCGACCAUAGCCCAAGCCUGCUCACAAACGACAACAAUCAAAGUCUUUGGCCUUCAUUCGCAUUUUGCGGCCUCACCGCGAAGAAUCGCGAGAGAUCACUCGAAAACGAAAUUCUAGUCUUGCGUGGAUGCCGGCAUAGCUUCCACGCCCGCUGCCUCACGUCGUGGUUUCUCCAAGAUGGCUUCAACUGCCCGCUGUGCCGGACACCCUUCUGGAUGCAGCCUGAUGCGAUGGCGCGCGGCGGUGCAGCGGCCCUCCGCACGCGGGCUUUCCACAUGGCGGGAGCCUGCAGCGUAAAGCGCGAGCAAGCGAACUGCACAACCCCCUGA